UUCAUCAUAUUCAUAAUAAUUCAUAAUUGUAAAUCUGUCACUUUCCAAAUUGUCUGUGGUUUAAUUUGUUUCACGCAUUCUAGUUACUUUCAAAAUUGUUGGAUGCAACUAUUUUAGUUGUAUAAAUUAAUAAUUACGAAACUUGAAGGAUGCAUACAGGAAAUCACAUUUCUGACCCUAGAAGACCUGAUCGUGAGCACAGGUAUAAACAGCCUGUUUCGAACGCUCAAAAUCCCACAAGUGAUGAUUUGACUCCGGACUACAUGAAUAUCCUUGGAAUGAUUUUCAGUAUGUGUGGACUCAUGAUGAGGCUGAAAUGGUGUGCUUGGGUUGCUCUUUACUGUUCGUGCAUCAGCUUUGCAAACUCACGAGUCAACGAUGAUACCAAACAGAUUCUCAGUAGUUUCAUGUUGUCUAUAUCAGCUGUGGUUAUGUCUUACCUUCAAAACCCGCAGCCUAUGAGUCCUCCAUGGGCUACGGUUCUACAAUGAAAACCAAAGCUGUCUUCCGGGAAAUUGCUCAGAAUGAUAUCUCCGUUACAGUACCUCAACCACUUAGAUAGUGCAUUUUUGCCACACCAGUUAGUGAGCAGCUGAUUAUUCCAGAAUCAGCUGCUUAGUGAGCUUUGCCGACCAGAAUGUCAUUUACAGAAGGGAAACAUUAAAGUCAGCUGAAGUCCGGUAAAUUCACUAAACACUUUGCACGGAAAUGACAAAAAGGGAUUAUGAGUUCCUUCAGUUGGCUAUCAAUACAGCUACAUAAUAAAUAAUAAUACAUAAUAAAUAAUAAUACAUAAUAAAUAAACAUAAUAAUAAAUAAACAUAAUAAUAAAUAAUAAUACAUAAUAAAUAAACAUAAUAAUAAAUUAUACAUAAUAUACCUGUUGUAUAUAUACAGGUUUGUAAGGGCACAUUGCUCAUUCACAAUAAAUAUUGCAAAGGUUUAAAAACGUUACCUUUAAUAAACAUUGAAAAUUCUGAUAUUAUGUUGUGUUUUGUAUAUACAGUGUUGUUUGUGUAUGUAUGGUUUGUGUUUUUUGACCCAUUUUCAUCUGGUAGUCUGAUGAAAAGUGUCGUACGACACUCACUCGGGAAGGUGUUAUGGUAUAUGAAUUAAGAAACUAUUAUGCUCGUAUUGUAAACCUUACCUCUUCAUGUACUAUACUGUUACAGUAAGAAUAUCUUACUAUACAAUAUUUGAUUAAUAUAAACGAAUGUCUAUUUUAAUCUUUAUUAUUUAUUUUUAAUUUAUAUUUUUAUUUGGAAUUAUUGUAUUACGAUCAUUUUAAAUGUCACAUAUAUUACUCUAUGAUAUCGCUCCAUUUUUAAUUUAUUUUUCAUUCACAUUUGUGUAUGUGUCCCUGGGUUAUAGUAAUAAUAUUAAAAAUUGUAAGGUGUAAUUUAGUUUUUGUU